GUGUCUCUCUCUCGCUCUACGCCUGACCCUCCCCUCCCUCCAUCUCAUCCCUCUCUCUUACCACCCUCCGCCCUCCACCGCCCCGCCUCCCCUCCCCUCUCCCCUCUCUCUCUCUCUCUCUCUCCCUCUGCGCUGGAUUGCAGAGGAUCGAAGUCAACACUGCCCUUCUCCUGUCGGCCUCUGGUCCGGCGUCCAUUCGUUGACCGCGUCGAAUGCAGCAUUCCAUCCGGCUUGCAGGAGAAAAAUCCAUCUCUUGCCGUGUCGGAACAUCGCCUGAUUGCGGCUACACGCUAGCCCACCAUCUCCUACUGCAUUCGCCGCUUCACACAUUGACGAAGAGCGCAAUCGUGCGCACCCCACCGACUGUCUAGCACCAUGGCACCGCCACGGAAGAAGCGUAGAUUGUCCCAGUCACCAUUGCUCCCUCACGACAUCACCUCCACCCCCACCCCCACGCAUGAUGCCAAUACCACCACGCCCCGUGCUGAGGCCACGGGCGCGCGAUCGGUACCGCAACGCAUAGAAGAGAUACACCUGCAGAUACAACGGCACGCCCUCCCCCAUACCUCUGCGCCCUCGAAUAUGCACAGGCGCGGAUUGAGCGGCUCCGACUCCAUCCCCAUUACUGUCGAUAGCGCUCUCAGCAGCGCCACCCCCGUUACGAGCCUUCCGAGCUCCAUUUCCCCCUCUCCCACAAGUGGCGCUGCAACGACAGGCUCAAGCAGCAUCGCGCCCUCCUCCAACCUUGCAUCUGGCGCGGCCAACGCCACCAGCUCCUCCCCUUCCUCCUCGAUACUCCCUUCAAACUCUAGGAACGCGACUCACACCUCGCACUCCACAACCCUGCCGAUCACUUACGUGGCAACGCUCACAAACAGCAACCGUCGGACCAUUACCAGAAAUACCAAGCCAUACGCCACGACUUUCGGAGAUGGGCAGACAUCGACCAUUUGUGAUCGUUUCGGUCAAUGUCAAAUGUCGACGGAUCAGACCCCGCUUCAUUCCAUCACAUCCACAGCCAUGUCGGAAAUCUUCCAAACGCCCACCUUUACGACUCCCUUUUCCUCUGCCACGGUCUUUGUCGCAUCCCCGAUAACCACUCCCGCGCCGACAACCUCUCUUGCGACGAGCGGAGCAAAUCACCAGGGCAGCGACCCGCCCCCGGCUCCUCCCGGCACAAUUGCUGGCGGAGUUGUCGGUGGAGCUGCCGGUAUCGCCAUCGUUCUUCUCGUCACUCUAGUGCUCGUACGCUGGUACAAACGAAACUCGCAGAACAAGCGUCUCGCACUCCCGGAUGAUCCGAAUCCACCUCACAAUUUCGGUCAGCAUUCCAAUCAGUCCGGUAUGAUGGAGCGGGCAGGCCUCUCUCCCCUGAUGCACGGCAUGCCCGCCUUUUUCCGUCACCACAACAAAAGCGUCCAAGAGCCCGCUCCCAGCGAGCGCGGUUUCACCAAAAUCUCCGGCCGCAAGCUCCCCUCCGCCUUCAGCGAAGGCCUAACCCGGGACGAAAUUGCCGCCGCGGCCGCCACACAUUGGAACCAAUCUCACCCCAUCGAUCUGACCGGCACAUCCUUCUUCCGGGACAGCUCAGGGCACUACGGCGGCAACGGCGAAUCCUCGCAUCCCCGCUCCAUCUCUCCCGAUCUAAACCCGUUCGCCGAUUCACCGCCGGAUACUACGUGGACGCUGUCGCCUGGGCCGCAGCGCAGGCCUAAUGUUCACGGUCCAGGGCCGUAUUUGACGUCCACUGGCGCGCCUUCUCCUCUUCCUUCUCCUAGCGCACAGGAUCACCAACAAUCAUAUCCACCCAUGCCCGGGAGAGGCCUUUAUCCGUACACCAGCACCGGAGGAACUCAGACGCCACCUCAGAUUAGUCGGAGCGGGACGCCGACGUCUGAGAGUCGGAGCACGCGCUUCGCGGAAAAUGUCUGAGCAGCUUUGACGGGAUUGACGACUCACGUGUGUCAUGAUAUUUUGUGUGAGAUCUGAGAGCAGGUCUUCUGAGCGCCGCUGGGAAGGUCAGAAUGGAUGCUGGCGUCUGUCAGGGGAAGUAAAGCAUGUGAUGCACUGCUUCAUGACUGGUACCAUCGCCACCACACUAGCCAUCUACAAUCCAUCCAUCCACGUCCAUC